GCCAGUUUCUAUCGUCUUCGAUGUCACCAACCCUGCUUGUAUGCCGCACUCAUCAGACAGGAAUCUACGGCAAAGAUCUUGUUCACCUAUUCAUCUCAACGAGGUCAUCUUGAACGUGGACUCGCCGUCUCAAAAAUUGCAAACUUUCAUCAAUUGUCUUUUUAGCCCCUAAUCCCAACCAACACCCAGGUAGCCGACGUCAUGGCUCAGCAAUGUUCGACAAGACAUGCUGCCGGCAGCCACUCUGGGUAUCUGCCCAUCGAGGACUAUGGCAUGAUCGGCAAUAUGCACACCUGUGCUCUCGUUGGAAUGAACGGAUCUGUUGAUUUUAUGUGCUGGCCCGACUUUGACUCGCCGACUGUCUUUUGCCGGCUCCUUGACAAGGACAAGGGGGGCUUCUUCAGCAUCUGCCCUCCUUCAUCCAAGCCUUGUACUACCAAGCAACAAUACCUCCCAUCAUCCAACAUUCUGCAAACUAGAUACAUCCAUGAUGAUGGCGUGGUUGAUCUCGUGGACUUCUUUCCUCGGCCCAAAACCGCCACUGUCUUGUCAAAAAACGCCCGCCAGAGCUCCUUCCGCGAAACUAUCAAGAUUCAGGAGGAGCUCAAGAAAUGGCUUGUCCGGCGGGUCGAAUGUAUCCGCGGUCGCCUAGAGAUGGAUAUUGAGAUCUUUCCCGCCUUCCAAUAUGCCGCCGAGACUCAUGUCACCACCAUCAUUGAGGCAACGCACACCACAGGCAGCCCGAGCAAGGCGGUUACUUUCCAUAGCGAGCAUUACAAGAUGCAGCUGGAUGUCACCGUUGAUGCAGAGUCCGACUCGGCCCCAACCAUUACCUUCAAAAAAAAGAAACGCGAUGGUAUGUUGGGUGAAGGUGUGGUUGCCCACAUCGAGAUCGAGGAAGGCCAAGCUGUGUCGUUUGUUCUGCGCAACGACAUUCCCAAUCAUGUCACCGAGAACAUCACGACGGCCGUACUUGAUGGCCAGCAGCACGACACGCAGUCGUUCUGGUACAACUGGAUCUCCAAGAGCAAGUACAAAGGCCGAUGGCGCGAGGUUGUCAACCGAAGUCUGAUGCUGUUGAAGAUGAUGACCUACGAGCCAACUGGCGCCAUCAUUGCCGCACCUACCUUUUCCAUCCCGGAAGACAUCGGUGGCGUAAGAAAUUGGGAUUACCGCUUCUCCUGGGUUCGCGAUUCAAGCUUCACAAUCUACAUACUCCUCCGCCUUGGCUUUUCUGCCGAGGCCGACGCCUACAUGGACUUCAUCAGCGAGCGCUUCAUCAAGUCCCGCGGCCCCAGCGGCGAGCUGCCCAUCAUGUUCACCAUCCGCGGCGAGACGGACAUCCCCGAGAUUGAACUCGACCAUCUCGAGGGUUAUAGGGGCAGUAAGCCCGUGAGGGUCGGUAACGGCGCCGCGUUCCAUCAACAAUUUGACAUUUACGGCGAGCUCAUGGACGGCAUUUACCUGUACAACAAGUACGGCAAGCCGAUCAGCUGGGACCAGUGGUGUUCUGUGAGAGAGAUGCUUGACUUCGUCCUCACUCUUACGGACAAGCCCGACAUGUCCAUCUGGGAGGUCCGCAACCACAAGCAAAACUUCACCUACUCCAAGAUUAUGCUCUGGGUUGCCUUCGACCGCGGUCUCCGCCUCGCAGACAAACGAAACUUCCCCUGCCCCAACCGCAGCAAGUGGCUUACGGCCCGCGACAAUCUCAUGGAGGAGAUUAUGGAUAAGGGCUAUAACAAGGAAAUGAAGUGCUUCAUCCAGAGUUACGAGAACAACACCAUGCUUGACUCCUCCAUCCUGAUCGCGCCGUUGGUCUUCUUCACCGCCCCCAACGACCCCCGCUUUCUCAACACUAUGGACCGCAUCCUCCUGCCCCCCGAAAAGGGCGGUCUCACCAGCACCGGCCUAGUCUACCGCUACGACACUGAGCGCUCGGAAGACGGCGUCGGCGGAAGAGAGGGCGCCUUCAGCAUGUGCACAUUCUGGCUCGUCGAGGCCUUGACACGCGCAUCCGCCUACGAGCCAAAGUACCUCGUCCGCGCCGUCAACCUCUUCGAGAACAUGCUCAGCUUCUCCAACCACCUGCUCAUGUUCUCCGAGGAGAUCGCCCGCAGCGGCGAGCAGCUCGGCAACACGCCCCAAGCAUUCAGCCACCUCGCUCUCAUCAGCGCCGCCUUCAACCUCGACCGUGUCACAGAGGUUCGGCAAUGAUUUGAAAGAAGGGAGUUGGCAAGGCUGGCUGUGGAAGGUCACUUGCUUUGUGCCAACCUCGUAGCAAGGGGUAUGUGAUUAGGCCAGGAUGCACAUGUGCCAUCGGUUUAAAUCAGCGACAAAACGAGAUGAGAAUAUUGAAAUGCAAUGCAUCGACAUAUUCGAAUUCCCUAUGCCCUGAAUCUCAGCGAGUAGACUUAUACUACCAGCUCAAGUCACGAGCUCUUAGGAGCACAAUGCCCUCUGGGCCCUCCAUAAUUCCAUACCACCAAUACCCCC